GAAAGCUAUGGGUGCUAUUGACAAUUUUCGUGCGCUGAGGCUGGCUGCGACUAAAUACGGUUCCUCUAGGGUCCGUUAUUAUGGUAUUGUUUCUUCGGUACCAGGUCGCAAUCCUAGCCUUGGCAGUGCUGUAAUUUCAUUACCAAAAUCUUCUGUAGGAACCGUUCGUUGCUAUGUGAAUUUAGGUCGUGAAUGGAAGCCUGUGCGCAACCAGUACACUAAGUAUCGUAUAUCGAAGCCGUGGACUGCAGACAGCACCUAUGACGAUAUAUUCCUCGCUGAGCCUUCUAGGGACGAUCUGUAUCCAUUUUCUAAGGAUAUGCCACUAUUCCUUAAAUUCCUGAAGUUAUUGACAAAAGCUCAGAACAGGAAGGAAUCGUUUGUUGAGUUUGCUAAGCGGUGUGAAAACGGUCUCGUUGUCGAAAAGGAUGUGUACGUGACCAAGGCCGAGCUGGUUGACUGCAUGUGGCGCAAUGGUUAUUCCGAGGAAGAGAUUGACGCUGUUAAGUUAGGUUUUCCUGAUGACUAUCGCUUCCACUAUCCUGAGUUGGCGGUUAUGUUUGAGCUUACUGAGUCUGACUGUUACCAGUACUGCCUAAAGCAGCGUGCUUCCAACCCUGAGGAGUUGGUGGAGCUCAAACUUAAGAAACCUCAAAAUCUGAUUUCAAGUUACGGUCUCAUUUUUUUGGGAUGCUGGUUUGGGUUGAGUAACGCGGUUCUGGGCAAUGCUUGGUUCUUUGCUAAGACACUUCCGUUUGGUGCUGUAUUUUACAUGUUGGCAGCAUACUUCCAGAAGACUUUGAAAGAGAUGUCUUGGAAGGAGGAGAAUGCCCUGAUUGACAAGGCCAAGGAGGAGAAGGACUACUGUGAGGAUGCUAUUUACAACCAGUUAACUCGUUACAUGGACACUUCCAAGUGUGCUGAGUACGUCGACCAAUUUAGACACGAGGUAUCCCACCGCAUGAAGGAGUACCGUGUAGCUCUACUUCAGCACAUGAAGAGUGAAUCGUCACGUUUAAUGAACGAGCGGCUGCAGAAUAUGCUUUUACAGGAGAGUGCCAUGUCCCGAUCGGUGCAAAAAACAAUGGUCGAUGAACUCAUGGCUGUAUUCCAUGAGACCUUUCAGAAAACUCCGAAACUACAGGAUGCUGCCAUUACAUCGGCAAUUUCUGAAAUUGCUGGUGACCCUAAUAAGCGUGACCCCGUCUUCACUUUCUUUAAUGACGGCUUGGCUGCAUUCCGCAGUGGCAAGCCAAGCGAGAUUGUCAAGCGUUGCAAGACGGCUUUUGACGCUCGUGAGAGUGAAUUUUUAGAUUCAUUUACAGUUGGUGAGCAUGAGGCUGCUGAGGUCAGUGCCUUGGCAAAGCAGUGCAAGAGUGGUGAUACUUUUGAUUUAUCACUGCUCUCGGAUGACCAGAUGAAGCGCGUUCAGCACUUGUUCAAUUUAUUUAACCAAAGGUUUGGUUACUAUGUCCCUGACGUUGCAGGCGCGGUGGCCGCUAUGGGCCGUGAGGGCGAGGCCUUCAUUGACGGCGUCAACAAGGAGGUUGCGCGCUGUGCUGAUGAGGUCAGGCGAUCGCGUUUAGUUGCCUUUUUGCAGGCAUUUCUUUAACAUCACUCCGUCCGGCUGCCGCGCACGAUGCGUGUGAACAGCGCAUGGAAGCCUACGAACGUGACGCUGUAGAUUACGAACAGCGG